UGUCUUAUUUCCUAGCAGGGCGUGUAGUAAAACGUUAACAAGAGGAAUUAAUAGCCCUUUUACUCACUGGAUUUUUCAAAACGUGACGUACACCAUAUACAGUUCAACACAGACCCUCAUUGGAAAGAAAAUAAGAUAUUUUGACACAGGGUCCUGCAUGGUUGCCGUGUCGUGCCGAGAUGGCUCUGGAGGAAAGGGCUCGGAGCUCUCUGCUGCGCUUCCGCCACAGACUGGAGCAGGACAUCAAACCCUCUUACCUGAUGGAUCACCUGAUAAGUGACGGCGUGCUCACUGUGGACGAGGAGGAGAGGAUCAAGACCCAGCCCACCAGGAAGGAUCAGGCCGCGGCGCUGCUGGAGCUGCUGCUGAGGAAGGACAACCGAGCCUACAUCUCCUUCUACAACGCCCUGAUCACUGAGGCAUACGAAGACCUGGCCAAUCUGCUUCAUGGGGAUUUACCCCAAAUAUCACAAAGUGCACUUAAAGGCUCCUCUGAUGGCUGCACCCCUACUGUCCAGGCCGUGCUGAGUCAAGGCGGUGUACCACAGAGGCCCGUGGUGUUUGUCAGCAGACUGGAGCUUGUGAACCGGGUCAGGGAGAAACUCUUCCUGGUGGAGAAGGCUCCCGGCUGGGUCACCGUGUUCGGCAUGGCCGGCUCGGGAAAAUCCGUCCUGGCUGCUGAGGCUGUCCGGCACCAAGGAAUCAUCGAAGAGUGCUUUCCGGGAGGGGUCCACUGGCUGUCCAUCGGCCAGCUGGACAAACCCGACCUGCUGGCCAAGAUCCAGUCGUUGUGUUUCCGUCUGGAGCAGAGCAUGGACUCGCAGUCCCUCUACAGAACCCCCAACUCUCUGGAUGAGGCCAAAGAGCGCCUGCGCUUCCUCAUGCUGCGCAGAUAUCCAAGAUCCCUGCUCAUUCUAGAUGACGUCUGGGACACUACAGUGCUGAAGGCCUUUGAUAUCCACAGUCGGGUUCUUCUGACCACCAGAAACAGAGCCCUUGCUGACUCUGUUAGUGGAGUCAAGUACCAGGUGGAAGUGGAGAGCGGUCUGGAUGAAAACAAGGGAAUGGAGAUCCUUGCUCUGUACACUAAAACUGAAGUCUGUGCGCUUCCUGAGGACGCGCGCAGCAUUGUCAGAGAAUGCAAAGGUUCCCCCUUGGUGGUCUCCCUGAUCGGAGCUCUUCUCAAAGAGAAACCCAACCGCUGGCAUUACUACCUCCGCCAGUUGCAGCAGAAGCAGUUCAAGCGCAUCAGGAAGUCCUCGUCUUACGACUACGACGCCCUCGACCAAGCCAUGUCUGCCAGCAUCGAGGUCCUGCCUGACGAGCACCGGGAGUUCUACAAGGACCUCACCGUGCUGGAGAACGACAUCAAGGUCCCUGCAAAGGUGCUGUCUGUUCUGUGGGACCUGGAGCCGGAGGAGGUGGAGGACAUCCUGGAGGAGUUUGUCAACAAGUCUCUGCUCUUUGUGGACAAUCACAACAAGCCCUACCUGUACUACCUCCAUGACCUGCAGCUGGACUUCCUGGUGGAGCAGAACCGCACCCAGCUGGAGAGCCUCCACAAUAAGGUGGUGCAUCAGUACCAGCAGCACUACAGAGACGGGCCCCCCACCUCAGGAGAUGAGGAGUGUCUGUACUGGAUCAGAUUCCUCACACACCACAUGGCCAAAGCCAACCUCUCCAAGGAGCUGUACUCGCUCAUGUUUUCUCUGGACUGGGUCAGCAUCAAGGCCCGGAUCAUGGGUCCAGCUCACCUCAUCAACGACUAUGUGGAGUAUGGACCCGUUCUGGACAAAGAGAACAGUGACGUGCGCAGUCACUUCCAGGAGUUCCUCUCUCUGAACGGCCACCACCUGGAGCAGCGUCCGUUCCCUGACGUGGUGCAACUGGCUCUGUCGCAGCCCCACAGCUCCGAGGUGUACCGCCAGGCUCUGCUGCAGGCGCAGGGGGGGGCCCGCACAGGGAGGCUCUACUUUGACUGGCUGAAUAAGAGCAGUGUGGAGAAUCUGUCCCGGCUGGUGCUCCACCCACAGCAGGGCUCCAUCUACUCCGCCUGCUUCUCCCACGAUGGAACCAGGAUCGCCUCCUGUGGAGCCAGCAAGACACUUAAGGUGUUUAGGAGCACCUCAGGUGAGAAGCUCACAGAGAUCCAGGCCCAUGACGACGAGGUGCUCUGCUGUGCCUUCUCCCCUGACGACCGUCUCCUAGCAACCUGCUCCAGCGACAGGAAAGUCAAGGUGUGGAACGUGGAGCGAGCCAUGCUGCUGAGGGUCUUUGAGGAGGAGCAUUCAGAGCAGGUCAACCACUGUCAGUUCACCAACACCACAAAGCGCCUCCUGCUGGCCACCUGCUCCAACGACAAGUUCCUGAACGUCAAGCUGUGGAACCUCAACAAGCCCUCCUCCCAGAACACCAUGUUUGGUCACUUUGAGCCGGUCAACCACUGCUGUUUCUCCCCCGAUGACGCCUACGUGUCCACUUCCUCCAACGACGGUACCGUUAAGCUGUUUAAGGCCUCUUCUGCCAACGAGUGGAAGACGAUCAAAGUGAGCGACAUGUUUGAAGAGAGCGAUGAAGAGGUGUUCGUCAAGUGCAGCACCUGGACGGCUGACGGCAAACGCAUCAUAUGUGCAGCCAGGAACGCUGCUCUGAUGUUUGACGUGGAGACAUCAGACAUGUUGUUGGAGAUCAAAACUAAUCGUCUAAGCACGGUGCAGUUCUGUCACGCCUGUCCUACCAGCAACCUGCUGGCUAUCGCCUUCUCCAACUACGCUGUGGAGCUGUGGGACCUGGAGAGCAAUAAUAAGGUAGCAGACUGCAGCGGUCACCUGAGCUGGGUGCAGCGCGUGGAGUUUUCUCCUGACGGCUCCCAGCUGCUCUCCUGCUCCGACGACCAGACUGUCAGGUUAUGGGAGACGAAGAAGGUGCACACCUCUUCAGCUGUCUGCCUGAAAAGAAACUCUGACGUUCUCUUCAACGAUGAAGAAAUCAUCGUGUCAGCUGCAGACAACUGCAACAGACUGCAGGUGCGUGAUGGCCGCACAGGGUCGGUUCUGUUCCAGUCGGAGGAGAUGUCGUCGAGGAUCCGCUGCACCUGCAUGUGCAGACAGCCCUCUGCUGUGGCUCUGGGUCAGCAGGAUGGCACUGUACAGGUAGAACACACUUACACCUACAGUACAUCCUGAAUGAGUUACACAGUGGUAAAAAGUGACUUUAAUUAUAGACACUUCAUUUCAUUUCUGAUGCUGAAAUGACAAGUCGAUUCACACACAGUAAAAUUAACAACAACAAUCUUUAUCAAGCAAAAAUGAACCAUAAUCAAUAAGUGGUUUUAAUUCUACAUGAUCAAAUAUAUGGAUGUUGUGCUCUUCUUUGAUCCGAAUCGGAAAUGGUUUGCCCAUAUAAGGAAUUUGUCUUGGUGAUAAGGAGCAUAACAAAAAAACUGUGCAAAAGUCAAGAGACAUAAUUAUAAAAUAGGACCAUUUGCAGUAGAAAAGAUAAAUACAUCAAAAUAUGUAUCUGUUUUUAGGUUAAAAGAGUUGUACAGUUU